AUUUACACAAGUUUCGAUGUUCGCGGUGCUACUACCAAGCGACCAUCAGGUGGCGGGUGAUGCAUUUACACAAUAAUUGUCGAUGCUUCUAUCAUCACACACGCGAGGCUACUACCAAGCGACCAUCAGACGAGUUGCUUUAAACAUGAUGGGAAAACCACCGGCAUUCGCGCAAGUUAAGCCUCUAACGAAGGCAUUGACUGUGAGCCAUUUCAAGGCGGAAGAGGAACCACCAGAGUUACAUCGCCUCACCAUCCCCGAGGCAAUGAUCCGGACUGCGACCGAACACCCUGAUACAGAGCUGUAUAUUUUCCGCGAUCCUGAAGCCCCAAGGGUCGCUAUCACAGGCAAGCAGCUACUGCGUGUGACGGAGGUUGUAGCAGCAACACUGAUAGAAGCCGGUAUCCAAAGCGGGGAUCGGGUGGGUCUCCUUAGCUCCAACUGCCCGGAGUAUGUCUACGCGGACUAUGGAAUAAUCCGCGCCGGCGCUGUUGUUGUUCGGAUGCAGUCAAAGUUGAGGUCGGGGGAGGAUCUGCUUCACAUCAUCAACAAGACUGAAUGCAAAGGUAUCAUCGUUGUUCCGGGAAUUGACAAUGCGAAUUUAGAUUUGCUUCAUGCGGUAUUUCCCGCGAUUAGUAAGAUGGAUGCCAUUGUCCCGCUAACACUAGAGGGCGUUCCGUCCUUGGAGUUUGUUAUGGAUACGUCUGACGGCCAUCAUCCAGGUUUGCGGCGACUAGACCUAAAACCGGGAGGUAUUGCACUGUCGCAGAAGCAGUCUGCAGCAGUAGAAGCACGACUGACGGAAGUGAGGCCAGAGGACCCGUGCUGCCUGUUCCAGACAUCGGGAAGUACUGGACCCCCUAAGUUAGUAACCGUGAACCACAGCCACUUGGUCAAUUGCACAUUUUCCGGACUUCUAGAUACAAGGAAAGGCUUGAACGAUCGACCCCUUUCGAACAUCAUUGGCUGUGAAUAUUCAAUGUAUGCUGCAGUUAGAGGAAUAAGCUGUGUAAUUCUUGAUCCAAGAACUGUCGUGGCCAAGGGGAACACGGAUUUCUUCUUUAAGGUCAUUGAAGAAGAACAGGUGGAUAACUGUUCGAUCUAUCCGUACUUAUUUCACGAACUCAUGGACAUUCUUGAGACGAAGAGGUUUGAUUUGAGCAGUGUGAAGAAGGGAAUCGCGGGUGGCCAAGUUAUACCAAGGAAUGUUUUGCAGAAGUUGAUUGAGAAUAUGCCGGGAAUUGUCAACGCUUACGGCUCAACAGAAGCGGGCCCUGGACUUCUUCAGACCCGUUCGAGUGAUCCUAUUGACCUGCAGCUCGACUACUCUGGCUACCCACUCCCCCACACCGAAUUCAGGGUCCUCGAUCACGAAGGGAACAUUGUCCCGGUCAACACAGCUGGUAUGCUCUAUGUGAAGACGCCGUACAUGUUUGUUGGCUACUGGGAAGAUGAGGAGAGGACUCGUGCCGUAAAAGAUGCGGAAGGGUGGUACAGGACGGAUGACAUAGCAGUGAUGAACGAGCGUGGCUACAUUAACAUCCUGGGGAGGGAGACUGAGGGCAUCAUGAAGGGCAGCAUCAUCAUUUACCCCGUGGUUGUGGAGAAGUUCCUUUUAACUCAUCCGAAAAUCGAUAAGGUAAUAGUUGUUGGUGUCCCCGACAAGAGGAUGAUUGAGGAGAUUUGUGCCUGCAUCGUUCCCGUCCGGGGAAGUGACCUGACCGCGAAGGAGUUGGAGCAAUUCUGCAAUGAGAACCUACUGACGGAGGAAAGCGUAGAUGGGGUUGGAUUGCGACCAAGAUACUUCCUCCUCUGGGAUACCUUCCCCCUUAAUGCAAGCCAAAAGAUAGAUAAGAAAGCAAUAAAGGAACUAGCAGCUCGUGAAUUAGGACUGAAACAGGAGUGGUGAUGUGGUCACAUUCAAAAGUUUAGUCCUUGAGCAUAACUGGCCUGGUUUGUCAUUGCAAUAAAUAUUCUGUGCGUUGAUUUUCCCGAAAUCUGAAGACUGUUACUUAAAUGUGUUUGUACUUUGCUGCUUAUGUGCAUGUAUGUAUGACCCACCGUCAUUGGAUCUAUGUUGGAAUCACCAUCAACGGAUUUACCAUUGGCCAUCAUAGAAUUUAUGAUGGCCCAUAGACUCUGUGGUAGGAUCCAAGUGUAAAACGUGGUUUAUGAUAAUCAUCACUGGUCCAUCCUUGGGCCUAUUAAUGAUUUUAUGAAAGAAACUUUUGAAUGGUAGAAACAAUGGUGGGUUUAUAGUUCAGUCAAAAUAAAUAUAAACCCAAAAAAAACCUGCAGCAUAAAAUUGCUAUGUAAAAAUAACACAUCUAUAUUUACAGUCUGAUUCUAAGACACGUACAUUUGUAUCUAAAUGCAGCAAAUUCGCGCUACACGUAUCAAAUGCCAACAUUAUACCGAUACACGGCACAAACCUGCAGUAACUCCGCUCAAAGGGAGGUUUCUGUUAUCGUUUGUGUGCACCUCGUCAUCCUUGAUUGGUGCUUUUGUAUAAAUCUGAUUAUUAGCUGGUUAGAUGCCUGGCAUUGAGAUUGGAGUUCGGAAGACCAGUAUAAAAAUCGCAAACAUUUUAAAGCGACACCCUCUCUUGUAGUGCUGGAUAUUUCGAUGGUUAGUAGGCCUUAUCUCUGACAUUGUUGUAGGCACUGGCAACUCGUUCCUUACAACAGUGGCGGGCGAGGUUUCUUUUGCACUGGUCAAGACGAGCGUUCGAUGGUCAGGAAAAAGGUGUCUUUCGAAUCCUCCAGUUUCACCGAUCGAAGACCGGAGUCCGAAUGUAAAUGCCUUUCGAUGCCGUUCCGCAUGUGCAAUGGGUUGGGGACACCAAAACAUAACGUUGCGGUUUGGCCUUUGUUUGGUUUUCUUAGUAAUUAAUCAACCGGUCUUAGCUCGAUGAAACUAGAGGGCUGGUCGACACUCCUCCAAACAUUUGUUUGCACACAUCAUAAAACAUCAAGUUUGCCUCUGUUUGGGUAAUUUGACGUCCACACUAUGAAACAAUGCUCACAUUGCCAAGCAAACGAUUGGCCAUUUUGUCCAGCCAGUGAAUCACAUGAUCACCAGCCCUUCCGUGAUUGGCUGCUUUUGUCACUUUAGCACAUGUUUUCAAGAAUGAACAUUUCCAAUCAUUUCGAAAUAAAUUUGCUGCUGUUUGCUUGAGUUUGGAAAUACGUCCACAUCAUCAAAUCCGCACAAACGUACGCGACAAAACAGAACAUUUGCUGAUGAUUGCAAACAGAAGUUUGCUAAUGUAAAGGCCAGAGCCUAGUAUUCAGACACUCUGUACAUUACGUGUACAUUGCAGUACAUAACUUUUGGUAAAAAAAGUACCACUAGGGCCAAUCAGUCCUCACCAAAUGUUAUAUGUGUUAAGAAGAAUCCUUUGCCAAUAUCAUAAUAAAAUUGCACCACAUUUCAAUACCAAAUGCCUGGACAAAAAUGACUUCUGUGCAGCAUAUCCGUCAAAUCGUCACUGGUGCGUUGAUAUGGCCCUAUUGAAAUACAAGUUCUAAACUGACCAGUGAGACCACAUUUUCUUCAAUAUAUUUUCUGUGAUGGCCUGACUUAC